CUACGUCUGUAAAGCUGUGUUUGGAUAGGUAGCGUUUAUUAUUUCCGUAUUUUUUCCUUCCUACGUUUCCGUAGUUGCAUCGUCUUUUCAGUGCAUACGCCACUGCUGUCAUUGUCCACGCACAUCGAUUAUUUAUUUAAAAUGUUAAUGUCUCAGAUGGUAGCUAAAUCCGUUUAGGUUUGUUACAGUAGUUGUUGCGUCUGGAUUUGGUGAUAUCGUUUUGUUAUCCUUUUCCUGGCAAUGAUGUCUUUCAGGAGGUUAACAAAGCUGGUGUGUGGGCUUGCUGGUGGAACAGCAGUACUUGUGGCAAUGGCUGAACCGAAAGGAUAUCCUUUUGAAAAAACGAAACAUAACGAAAGUUCAAGAAAAUGGACUGGUCUAGGUGUUCUCCAAGCAGCAGUGCCUCAGACGUGGUCACCAGGCCAUGACCACACUGUGACUGCCAGUGGGAAUGGCUGGGACAGUAACUGGGAUAAGCGUGACCCCCUGGCACUCAUAAAUGGGAAGAAAAAAAAGGACAAAGAGAUAACCAGUGAAGAACUGAACACAGAGGUGGAGAAUAACAAACCCAAAGCAACUCGUCACAUCUUCCUGAUCCGCCACUCACAGUACAACCUGAAUGGGAGUGUGGACAAGGAGAGGGUCCUAACCCCUCUAGGCAGGGAGCAGGCUGAGUACACUGGUCAGCGAUUGGCUGCCCUGGGGUUGAAGUAUGAUGUCAUGGUCCACUCCACCAUGACCCGUGCCACAGAGACUGCCAGCAUCAUCAGCAAGCAUCUUCCAGAGGUGGACAAAGUGAGCUGUGACCUGCUAAGAGAGGGUGCUCCCAUUGAGCCUGUGCCACCAAUCUCCUGGAAACCUGACUGUGUGUAUCAUGAAGAUGGAGCUCGAAUCGAGGCAGCCUUCCGUCGCUACAUCCACCGUGCAGACAGCAAGCAGACAGAGGAUAGCUACGAGAUCAUUGUCUGCCACGCAAAUGUUAUUCGCUACUUUGUGUGCAGGGCUCUGCAGUUUCCCCCAGAAGGUUGGCUGCGGCUGGGCCUGAAUAACGGCAGCAUCACCUGGAUCACCAUCAGACCCAGUGGCAGGGUGGGACUGAGGAUGAUGGGCGACUCGGGCUUUAUGCCUCCUGAAAAACUCACCCGUACCUGACACUCCUUCCAACACUGCUGGCCCCAUGUAACCGGACCUUCUGCUGCCACCAUUUCUCCUCUAAGAUGGUUUUGCCCACGUUGGGAAUCAUUCUUUUGACUGCAGUUUUGUAUGGAAAAAUCAUUUGUAAUGUAUUUUACAGACAGUGCCAUUUCUUAGUAAAUUGAUUUGAUAAUGCUUUAAUGACAUUUUAUGAAUAAACAUGAGGAAAUGUACCGAC